AUGACUACCAAGUUCUUAGAAAAAUAUUUCUCUGCUGCUAAGACUGGACGGAUGAGGAAGGAGAUUCACAAUUUCAGCCAAGGAGAAGGGGAGACAGUGUUCGAGUCAUGGGAAAGAUUUAAGGAGCUAUUACGGAGGUGCCCUUACAACGGAAUGGAGCAAUGGAUGCAACUCCAUUAUUUCUGGGACGGGUUAAAGCCGUCAUCAAGGAUAUUACUGAAUAGUGUAGUUGUAGGCCCUCUGAUGAAGAAAACUUCAGACGAGAUUGUCACACUUCUGAAUGAACUAUCUGAAGACGCAGAACAAUGGUCCACUGACCAAGGGGAUCGAAGAAGACCAGCAAGGGUGCACCAAGUAAAAUCUUCUGUAGCAAUGCAGGCCCAAAUUGCAGCAAUGGCUAAGGACAUCAAGCAACUAACAGUAGCUCAGGUACAAAAUCAACCACAGGUGGGAUGUGAAAUCUGUCGAAUAGGACAUCCAACUCAUGAGUGUCAAACCUUCACCGCAGAAGAAGAAGUUAAGGCAUUGGGGAAUUUCAACAAAGAUAUAUCCGGAGUUCUCAGGAGUUCUUCAAAUGGUAGCUUGAACUCAUGGAAGCAGCAAAAUCCUAGAGCACCAGUGCAAAGACCUCCUGGCUUCAAGAAACAACAAAGGCAACCGUACCAGCCUCCACAGCCCAACAAAUCAAGUUUAGAAGAUCUAAUGAAGGCAUUCAUAAAUAAAUCAAAUGAGCAACUUGAGACUCAAGGAACAGCUAUCCGGGAGCAAGGCAUAGCCAUUCGGAAUCUAGAAAAACAAAUGGAGCCCAUUGCAAAACCAAGGGUUGAGAAGGUGAUCAACUCAACCAAGAUAGUAGAAGAACAGAAAAUUGGUGAAUCUUUGGCUAAGGAAGACAUCAGUAGCAAGGAGGUUGAUAAGCAGAAGUCAAGCAGCGCGGUUGAAGAAAGAAAGCACAUGCCAGUAUUACCUUUUCCUCAGAAGAUGAAGUGGGGGAAAUUAGAUAAAUUCUUUGGAAAAUUCUUAAAGAUGCUGAAACAGAUGUAUGUAAACAUCCCAUUCACCGAGGGAUCCUGGCAGCUUCACUAUACCCUGCUCAUUGGGGAGCGCAAUUUUGACAAGGCCUUGUGCAACUCAAGUACAUCCAUUAACUUUAUGCCAUUAUCGGUGUUUAAGAAAUUGGAAGGAGAAUUAGGAGUGAUCAAAUCUGUGAUGGUAUCUUUGCAACUAGCUGAUCAGACCACGAUCAUACCGAAGGGCAUAAUCGAGGAAAUUCUGGUAAGGGUGGACAAAUUUGUCUUCCCAGUAGACUUCAUUGUAGUAGACAUGGAAGUGAAUAAAGAGGUAACUCUAAUCUUGCGGAGACUAUUCCUUUGCACUGGUGAACAUGAACACAUGCUAGUGGAGUUACUGGGGAAGCAUAAAAAGGCAAUCAGUUGGAGCAUAGACAAUAUUCAGGGAAUCAUCCCUGCAAUCUGUAUUCACAAGAUCUUAUUAGAAGAAGGGAGCAAACUGGUAGUGCAGCCCCAGCACAAAUUGAAUAAAAACCUUGAUGAGGUGGUACAGAAAGAGAUACUCAAAUUGCUGGAUGCAGCUAUAAUAUUUCCCUUCUCUGACAGCUAA